UUUUCAAUCAAUUCUCUUUUCAGUCUGACAUCCUUCCUCUUUCUCAACUAAAUGUCGUUGCCUACACUUCAACGGAACCACUUCAAUGAUUGAUUACCUAAAUUUCAACUUCCAGUUCUCCAAAACCCAAUCCCUUUAUAUCUCCAAACGUGUUUCACGGGGAAAAUUUCCUCAAACCCCCUUAUCAGUGCUCACUUUCUUCAAACAAAUAGGCUUUUCGCAAAGCCAGAUUCUCUCCGUGAUUCUUCAAAGACUGUAGUUACUGUUUACAGACGUUGACACAAUCUUAAGAUCCAAAAUUGAGUUCUUUCAGAUGUCUGGAUUCCAGGGUCCCGAGUUAUGCAACUUCAUUUCAAAGAAUCCCUCCAUUUUGACUCAUAGCUUGAAGAAAACAUUGGUCCCCUCAGUUGAAGCUAUUAGGAAAAUUGUGUGCGACCAGAAAGAUUUUAUUCUUGUGUUGCACAGAUGUGGCUGGAUACUCCCAAAGUACAAAAGGUUUAUGGAUAAUGCCGUCUUCUUGGAGAGGUGUGGAUUCUUGGGACUCAUCUUGCAUUGCUACUCAAACUUCACCCAAGGCUUUUCAUUGCACAAGCAGUCCACUAUUCAAAACCGUGUUUCUCGAGCUGUAGACUUGGGUUUCCGUGAAAAUUCAAGAAUGCUUGUCCAUGCAAUUCAUACAUUAAGUUGUUUGAGCGAUAAAACAUUUGAGAGAAAGCUGAAACUAAUUAAUAGUUUUGGGUUUUCCAACGAUGAGGGCCUACAAAUGUUCAAGAGAGCCCCGACUUUGUUCAGAACAUCAGAGAUGAAGUUGAAAGUUGGAAUGAAAUUCUUCUUGCACAUAGUUAUGUUGCCCAAGUCAUUCUUUAUUCACCAGCCUCAGAUUUUAAUGUACAACAUGGAGGAUCGUGUGCUUCCUCAAUAUAAAGUCUUCCAGCUGUUGAAAUCAAAAAAUCUCUGCAAGAAAGUCCCCAGUUAUAUUCAUGUGUUGUGCUUGUCUGAGGAGAUGUUUUUAGACAAGUAUAUAUCACAGUUCAGGAAAAAUGCAGAGGAAUUAUUAGUAGCAUACAAGGGUCAUUAUCUGGAGGCCUAACCAUACCUUCAAUUCUGUUUUUUCACUCUUCUAUAGGAAGCCUGGACAAUUUGGGACCAACAGUAAGUAUUUGAGAAUUUAUUAUCCCGUUAUAAUUUGUUAAUCAUUCUUUAACACUCCGAUCACAUAUUUCAAUCAACGUAAUGUGUUUCUUUUUCAUAUAUGCUCCUGCCCAAGGUUUUGAAAAGUG